UUGAUGGAAUUCGACGUCCAGCUCGGCCUCAUCGAGUUCGCCGUCCCCAUGGUUCAGAUUACAGCUACACUUCUCUAUUUCUUGGGGAUUCUUUUUAUUUUCAUUCAGGAGCAGAAAAUAAAAGAGGGUCAGUACAUGAUGGGUCUAAAAGAUGAGAUAUUUUAUUUUUCUUGGUUUAUUACAUACGCUUUGCAGGUGUCACUCUUGAAGAUCCUCACACUAAAGAUCUCAGUCAAGAAGUUAGAGGGUUCAUAUUCUCUAAAAUUCUGUUUUCCUAUGAGAUUUGGGGUGAUAUUGUACUCAACAAAGUUUAUCAAGAAGAUUGAAUCAAACAGUGGAGAACUCCCAUUAGAUCCUGUGGAAAAUGACAGUGGGAUAGAGGAAGAUGUGUCCAGGUAAUUCAAAUCAAAUGGGCAAGAAAAGUUGUCAAAGUUGAAGUUGAAGCUGAAGAUGGGCUUGCGGCUAUGCUUUUAGCAUUUUCCUUCGCCUUGGAUGGGUUUUUUAAAAAAAACUUGUACUACAUUUGUCAAAAAUUCUUAACUAUUUUUUUUUUUGUCACAUUUAGUAGAUCUAGACAAUUUGGAUGGUAUUUUCAUAUUGGCAGGUUAACUUGUGGUUGUAUUAGUAGACAUUUUUUGAGUUUUGGUUGACAUUUACCAGCUUUAUCUAUUGGUAAACAAUUUCGAUGGUAUUUUUCAUAUUGGCAGCAGGUUAACUUGUGGUUGUAAUAUGUAAAAACAAUUUGGAUAGUACUUUUAUAGUAACAACUUAUGUUAUAUUGGAUGACAUUUAGCAACCAAGACAUUUUUCAAAAACAAUAAAAGGCAAAAAAUAAAAAAAUAAAAAAAAAUGUGCCUUUACGGCAAAGAGGAAAAAAAAAAAACAUAAAAUGACCUUUUACCAGCGCUUCUUAAAAAAUCGCUGGUAAAUACCCUAUACCAGCGCUUCUUAAAAAAGGUCAU